UGCCGAACGGCAUCAACAAGCUUAUUAGAGCGAAAGAAACCCAGUUUUUUUGAAGUACCACCUUUUUCGGUUGAAUCACAAUGUUAUAGCCGUCUCCGUUAGAAGUGCAGCACACGAACCCCAACGCCAGGGGACAAAUAUCCCGGCCAGAAAUGGUUGUUGUGGAAUUUAGCGCAGGACGCGUAGGAGCGCACUUGACAGCUGGAAUGUAACGUUAACUGGUUUCUGAUGAGCUCGAGCAGGCUAACAAACACAGCUAGCUGAUGAUGAUUACAGCUCUUAUGACAAUGUCUUUCUUUGCGAGCGCACAGCAGACGCAUGCUUAGCUGGAUAUAGAAGUAUGCUAGGAUGUUCAAAAAUGUGUUCGGUUCAGGAUUUCUGGUGAGGACCGCUCAUGUCAUUUUGACAUGGGUUAUAACGCUGAUUCUCUUCCUCCACGACACCGACCUGCGCCGGCAGGAGGAGACAGGGGAGCUCACACUGCCGGUUCUCUUUGUGCUGCUGGUUCUGGUGUCUGUGUUGCUGUACUUUGCGGUCUCACUCAUGGAUCCUGGGUUUGUCCUGACUGAUGACUGUGACUUGCAGUUCACACUUGGUAUCGCAGAAGAAACACAGGAUAUGAUUCCACAGACCACCAAAUCCAUCCGACUACGGCGCUGUGGACACUGUCUGGUGCAGCAACCGAUGAGAUCGAAACACUGCCAGACGUGUCAGCACUGUGUGCGUCGCUAUGACCAUCACUGCCCCUGGAUAGAGAACUGCGUCGGGGAGAGGAACCAUCGCUGGUUUGUGCUUUAUCUGGCCGUGCAGCUUGUUGUCCUGCUGUGGGGACUGUACAUGGCUUGGUCAGGCUUCAGUCACGCCUCCACCUGGCAGCAGUGGUUGAGGACUAACGGUGUUCUCCUGGGAGCAGCAGCAGUGGUUGCCAUUUUGGCCCUCACCGUGCUCCUCCUCCUGGGCUCGCACCUCUACCUGGUGUCCUUAAACACCACCACAUGGGAGUUCAUGUCCCGACACAGAAUCUCAUACCUCAAGCACUGCGGUGCAGAUGAAAACCCUUUUGACAAAGGAAUCCUGCGCAAUCUCUGGGGCUUCUUCUGCGGUUGGGAACCGGUGGUUUGGGAGCACGUUUACUUCAAGCAGGGCAAUGAUCCCAUUUGAUUCCCUGGGUGUAGUGACUUCCCUGACGUAUAACCAAUAAGACGGAAGUUGAUAUUUUAUUGGUGGGAAACUGCUCCAAACUUUGCAGAAUAUCUACUUCCGUUUCCUUGUGAAUGAUCAAUUUGGAAAGUGUUUCUUAAAUGCAUGAACUUUGUAGUCGCGAUGAUGUUUGAUCAAGUGUUAUCAAAACGAUGAGUGUUUUUAUAAAAGGUGUUUUGUGAAUUCUUUACCAGUACUUUGACAAUUGUGCCGAUUUUGCACAUUUUUAAAGCAAACGCAGAACAAAAAGCACACAAAAAAAGAAUCCCAGCAGUUUUUUGGAGCUGUAUUGUGGUUUCCAGUUAAUGCAAUACAUUAAGAUAUGUGAAACUAUUAUGUGCAUAUGUAAUUAAGCUCUCUUUCAUGGUUCUACAAAGCUGUUGUACAAAAUAGAACUAGCUUCCUUUAUAGCAGCAACAAAUCAUGUUGUACAGUUCCAUCAGCAAUGACUUUGUGCAAUUAUUGGAUUAGUGAAAUACAGAUUUUUACAGAUUUGUUUUUUAGAAUAUAGACAUCCUCGUAUAAGAGACGGUGCAUUAGACAGGGUAAUGAGAAGUUGAUGUGAAAUAAUAUCCUCUAGCACUUUAUAUAUAUUUGAGUGGUGAGAUUUUAAUAUGCUUGUAAUGUGAUUUUAUAUGAUUAAAUGUACCAUAAUCUGUAAACUAGACAUGACAAAUCAACAGAUUAAAAUACUUUAUAUAGGGUACAUUUACAUGAUAUUUAAGCCUGAGUGGUAUGACUGUAUCUAUAUAGUUACCGAAGAAAUAAAGUCUUAUCAUAAAAAAAAAAAUCAUUAAAAACUACCAACAUCGCCUCCAAGCAGCCUCUCGCUGGGUCCUAGAGGCUGCCCUCAUGCAGUUAAUUUUAUUCAGGGGUUGCAGUGUUCAACUAAUAAUAAUUUAUGAAUAAAAUGUUAAUUCCAUCUAAGAGUAUACAGCAUCAAUUGGGGUCAUAAUCACAAGUCAGAUUUUAAUUUAAUUGUAAGAAGCUAACUCUUAUGGGGAAUAAAAAUGCCAAGCCUGACUGUAAAUUAAGACUUCUCGAAAACACACAAAAAGAAAAUAACCCUUUUAAAAUAAAUUUAUAAUAACCCUUUUUGUUGAUCUUUUUUCGGAAUAACCACCUAUUAAGAGAGUUAUAUUGUGAAAUACAGUGGGUAAAACAAGUAUUGAACAUGACAGAACAUGUCAUCAUUUUUCUCUGAAAACAAUUUCACCAGAUGUAACAACUAAAGUAUUCCAUACAUAAAUAAGGUGAACAAAUUCUAAUUUGUUUAGAAAUUAAGUGACAUUAUGUAUAAUAAAAUGAAAUGACACGGAAAAAGUAGUAUUGAGCACAUGAAGGAAGGCAGGUGUAAAAAGGCAUGGAAAGCCCAGACAGCAGCUGAAAUCUCAGAGUAGUUAAUCAGCAGUCUUGCCCCUUGUCAAUGUAAAUGAAUAUUAGCCGUUUCAGUUCAACACCUACACUAGCAGAUGAUGAAGAUGAAAACAGGGUGGACAUUAGGGCUGUGCCGUAUGGGCAGAAGAAACCAUCACGAUUUUCUUAAACAUUAUUGCGAUUUCGAUUUUAAUCACGAUUUUGUCACAGACAGACUGAAUCUGUGUUUACAGUGUGAAUCUAAAACAUAUUUUAAAAGAAACACAAUUAUAUCUUUAUCAAAGACCUGUUAUAUGUCUCUAAAACAGACAGAAUAAAAUUCUCUCCCUAAAUUAAAACUUGUAACAGAGCAAUGCAGCACGGUUUUGUUAGUUUGUCAUCCUCUAAGAAAACAGGAUGGUCAUUGAGCAACGACAAAGGAGCGACCGCCAAGCACGCUGAAAAUGCUGAAGAAAGUGACAAGCUUACGUGCUUUUAGACGCAAUAUAUGACCGACUUACAAAAUUACCUGGUUCUGCCAUACAUCAGGCUUCCUGUAUCCAAAGUAACAUAAUCCCAUACCACAGAUUUUGAGUUUUUUUGGCACCAAGUCCACCUGUGCUAAACUCAUCAUCCGUGUAUACAAAGGCUAUUCAUUCUUCUAUUAUUGCGUGCUGCAUUAUGAUUGGUUCAAAUAGCAUACUGUAGGAAAAUCGUGCUGUAAGGCGAAUUAGAAAUGCGCAUGUCUAAAUCAUGAUUUUGAUACGAUUACAAUUAAUUGCACAGUCCUAGUGGACAUUUUAGCAAAACAAUAACCUCAUUUCCAAGGAAACUCAAUUGGUUUCAGAAAAGAAAAUAAAGCUGGUAGAAUGGCCCAGACAAUAACCUGACCUGAAUUCAGUAAAAAAUAACAAAAAAAUCAAAGUUCAUAGACAAGACUCACAGAAUCGUCAAGACUUUGAAGUAUGGUACAUAUGUCAACAACUCCUUAACCCUUUGACUGGUGUUCUACUAAACUGUUGACCAUGUUUUUACUGUUUUAAAUAAUGGUGUCGCAGUCAUUUAAAGAAUGACUGUUUUAAAAUAUGGUUUACAUACAGCAUGAUUGGUUUACAAAAAAAAUAAAUAAAUAAAUAAAAAAAACUUGAUUUUGGUUUUAUUGUUAAAACAAAAAGAAAACAUGUUAAAUGAGAAUCUGAAAUAUUUUAGGGCAUACUUUAAAAAAAAUUAAGGUAAUUUAGUAUUCAAAAUAUUUUGUUUAUAAAAAAUAAAUUGGUCUUACACUUUAUAAUUUUCAUAGUAUAUGUAUUAAUUCCGGGACUUAGCAUAAACUGACACAUCAACCAAUCGGUAGAUAUUAUAGAACCAAUCGGUAGGUAUUUUAGAAAUCAUGGGAUCUGUUAAAAAAUUGCAUUGAGUGUGUUAACUAGUGACAUUAAGAGCUAAGAAACGCAAUUCAAUCAUUUUUUUCUUGGUGGGGUAGUUAAAGGGUUAAGAAAUGUAUCAAAAAAGUACAGUAAAUACCAGGAAAAAGCAUCAUGUUCAAUACAUGUUUUACCUGCUAAAUAUUGUUACUGUGAAAUAAAAUGACUUUGGUCUUACUUUGGUCAUACAGCCCAGCCCUAACACAUACACACAAACAUGUGUUAACAUUAGCCAUUUUAAAUUUAGGCCAAUAACAAAUGUAGAUUAAUGCAUAUUUGCACAUGCACAUCGUGUUUCUUUACAAAGAAAAGUAUCACCAGCCACCAGCCUAAAUGACGGUUGCCAACCAAACACAAAAAUUCUAAAUUCCCAAAGUAAAAACUUGUACAUCAAUGUUGUGUAAAUGUACCCUUAGAAUAUAAACAUAAUCAGUGCAGUAAUGUUCAACAUUACAGAUAUAACAUAUGUAAACAUGGCCUUUCCUAUUUCACAUCAGCAGAAUUAAAUGCAUGUGACAUUCCUUUGACUGUUAGACUGAGGUCCAUUUUUGACUGUCAGAACACAGCAAAGUAAUAGACUUAUAGACAAAUGCAGUACAACGAAAACCAAAUCAGCAAUAAUAGUUUUAGCUUUGGCUUGAUUUCAUUUUGCUUCUUUUUGCACUUGAGUGUUUUUAAAAGUACUAUCAUUAUUGCUAGAAUUUCCUGAACGAUUUGCUCCGUUUUGAUCAAAGUUAUGCAAUUGAUUUUCCCUCCAUGUAAUAUUUUGACAUAUCAGUAUUCAAUAAA